AAUGCUUGCUGCAAUUUCUCCUGCCGUGCGCUUUGCCUUCAUCGCCGCCUGCAUGCUCAUGCUGGCCGACUACAUCAACUCAGGCCCCCCGAAAGUCUGCUCCGACAUCCACUGCACCUGCCCCUGCCACGACGACCCGCCAUCUGAUACAUGUACAUGCCCAAUGCACUGCAAUUAUCGCGAGAACAUCUGGCUGCGCGUUAACGAGAUCCGCAAAUUGGUUCGCCCGCCGCUUACACGCAGCGUAUAUGUGGCGACUGACUCUCCCGAGCCUGCUGAUGCCUGGCAGACCAGAGAGGAACUUGAAAACCGGCACCAGCGCAUGCUCGAGACCAUCCAGUCCUACGAGAACACCAUCGCCAGCCUGCGCAAAGAUCUCUACGAGAUCCACUCCCAGUACUGCGACCUCUACGACGCCUACAUAGACACGAGCCUGCAAGACUAA